AACUCGCCUCAGUCUUGCGUUGGAGCUGGCUUCGAGUAUUCGUCUCAAUCCGUCGUCUCACCAUAAUCAUCAAUGUCAUCGCAUUUUGUUCUCAUAUUUACGAAAUCCAGUGAUCCAAGGCGUAUUAAAAAAUCUUGACAAGGUGGCCAAGAUAACCUGGUGACGUAGUGGGUCAUCAUCACAUUUGUUCUGUAACAAAUAAAAAUAUACUAAAGAGAGAAAGAGAGAGAGAGAAAGUAAGAAAAAAACUGAUUGGGGAAAUUGAGACAGGUUGUGGUGUCAUUCAUUACUCGUGUAAUGAUGGGGUCCACGGACCAACAGCACCAGCCCCAGCAGCAGUACUGUCUCCGUUGGAACAAUUGGAAAAACAAUCUAACCAACGUAUUUGACCAGCUCCUGCAAGCAGAGGCAUUUGUUGAUGUGACCCUUUCAGCUGAGGGUCACUCUCUCAAAGCGCACAAGGUCGUUUUAUGCGCCUGUUCCCCCUACUUCCAGGCCCUCUUUUUUGACAACCCGUGCAAACAUCCCAUCGUCAUUCUGGGUCCAGGGGUCAAAUGGAUGCAACUCAAAGCUCUAACAGAGUUCAUGUACCGGGGAGAAAUCAAUGUAGCCCACGAUCAGCUCGCUCCGUUACUGAAGGUUGCGGAGCUCUUAAAGAUUCGAGGUCUUGCUGAUGUCUCGCACUCUCGGAACACAGCCCUCACCAACACUUCCCAAGGUCAAGGAAACGGCGGCAGUGAGGGGACAACCCCACUCACCACCCUCGGCGACUCGCAUGACAAGCGGCCCAACCCGGCCGAUUUUCUCUCAAACUCCAACCACUCCCACUCGGGCUCAGAAUCCAUUUCUCUGAAUGGACAUGGUCGACGGAAGCGUAGGAAAAUGUCCACCCCAGAACGAACGCCAAGUCCGGGGGGAGGAGGGGGCGAUGGUGCGGGAGGAGAUGACAACUCUCUGUCCGGUCAGGAAGAUGGUGACCGUGACCUCGAGGACAAUGAUCGUGACCUCGCAAUAUCCAUGUCUGUCAAUCCCAUCCUUUCCGCCACUCCCACUGCAGCAGACUUGCAGCGCGUCCUGGGGUCCAACCAGUGCGGUUCGGCGCUGCUGAAUUUGCAUGCGGCUGCAGCAGCGGCCGCCGCCGUGGCUGGAUCUGGUGGUGGGAGCAACAAUGGGUCGUCAUCAGGAGGAGGAGGAGGAGGACCUUCCCCCUCGACGACUGGGGACAUGGACAUCAAACCUGGGAUUGUGGAGAUGAUUCGAGAGGAGGAAAGGGCAAAAAUGCUGGAAUCAGCUCAUGGAUGGCUAGGCCCUGGAAGUUCCACUUUGUCAGACAACAGGACAUGGACAGGAGAACAAAAGAGCUAUCAAUAUCAAAUCCAAAAUUUGUGGCAAAAAUGCUGGAAUCAAAACCAGGGUGGGAUGAUGCAUGCACUCCGAUUCAGAGAACGAGGGCCCUUGAAAUCGUGGAGACCAGAGACAAUGAGUCAAGCCAUAUUUGCGGUCUUGAGGGAGGGACUUUCCUUGUCACAAGCAGCGAGGAAGUUUGAUAUUCCUUACCCGACCUUUGUUCUCUAUGCUAACAGGGUUCACAACAUGCUUGGACCUUCGGUGGAUGGGUCUUCUAGUUCUGGUGAGUUAAAAAAUUUGAUGUCGGAUAUCCGACCCAAAGGUCGAGGAAGACCUCAGCGUAUUCUACUUGGGACAUGGGAAGAGGGUCACAUCAGGGCGGUCAUCCGUGCCGUUGUUUUUAGAGACACGCAAACGAAGGACGACAUCCCGACUUCAUUUGUUUUCAAUCGGGACGGGACACUGUGUCUUCCUCAGUCGAACAGUUCCACUCCUGCGACGGCCCCAAGGACUCCAACUCCAUCAGCGUGCAACACACCCACUCCAAAUUCGAACGGGGUGGACAUGAGUCUUCACCCCCACUUUGCCUUCUCUUCCCCUGCAUCGUCUGCGCCACCACCCGCGACCACGUCGAUCACUACGGACGGCCAUUCGUCCUCCUCCGCCCCCCAGCACCACCACCAGCAACAAUCUCGACACAACUCGUCAUCUUCCUCCUCCAACAGCAGCUCGCCCCUCCAGGCGGCCCUCACGAGCGCCACGGCCGCUGCUGCCAACUUCAACUUGAAUCUCCAGGCAGCAGCCCAGUCUCAACUUUUAGCUUUCCAACAAGCACAAACACAUUUUCAAAAGGUGCAACAACAACUGCAACACAGUCAGGGACGGAGGGGAAGCAUUUCCUCCAACAACUCUGACACUUCGAUUAACAUAUUGGGUGGCAAGCAAAAGUCGUCUUCUUCUUCUUCAAUAUCAAACUUCCAACUUGCAAAUCUCGCAGGAUUCUUGACCCCUGGGAUGAAAGGAUUCGAAGGAAUGAAGGACAUCUUCCAGAUUAAAACAGAACUUGGCGCCUACGACGACAACAAUGACGAGGAUGGAGUAGGAGCAGGUAAUAGCGAGGAGAAUGACUUGGAUCUCAAGGGCUUGCAAUCUGCGAAUGGUUCAGUCACAAUUCAGCAAAGCGUGGCGACAGACUUGAGUCGCAAUUCUCCAGAGAAUGUGAACAACAAUGAGAAGGAUGGUUUAUUUGGGGAGGAGGAUGAUGAGGACGACGACGAAGAUGGCGGUGAUCUUGGUCCCGUUGCAGUUGUACAGAUUCAGAUGGAUCCGGGGGCAAAGUCAGUGGCAUCGCCUACCAGCGGUUCUGUGAUAGUUGGAACCCCUGCUUCUUCUUCGGGGGGAGUGGACCAAACAAGUUCACCUCCCAGGUAGGUAGGUAGCUAUUUGCAUAUGAGGGACGAUGACAAAGGGGUAGAUUGAUCACUUGACAGUAUGUGAGUUGUUUUCGCCGUAGUUAAUAAAUACGAGACAGAUUGGAGGAGUGAAAGAUUUUUCUGGCUCCAGAUGCAGUAAUCCACUCAUCAUCAGGUAGAACUUUGUACAGUAUUAAAAGAUUCACAAAACUUAGAGUGCAUAUGCAUACAAAAUAUAAUAAUCAUUAGAUUUUACGUGUACAACUAGUCAGGCUGCUUUACAACAUAUUUACAUAAAUAAGUGCAAUAAAAAAUAAUGCUUCAAAAUCUCAUUUUAGUUAAUUUACUAUUUUGGCACUUGGACAUACUUGCUAGUCUUGGAUGCAAUUGCAAUGACCAAAGUCGUCACAUAAAUGAAUGUACAUGAAACCACACAACAAUCACGCUUUGUCAUGAGGUUACUUAAUUUCGUAAACUGACCUUUAGCCUAAAGUUAUAAUAUUUCACUCGUUCGGUAAAUUACUCUGACACAGGAAGUUUAUAUCACAUGAUAGAAAUAAGUAGCGGAUGAUAUGCAUUAUUAAUGAAGAGAGUUGAUUAAUGCAUUAGUAAUCCCAAUUAAAGUUGACCAGCCCCAUGAAUAUUUUAACUCGGGGUGGUUUGCUUUCCCCUUAGUGUAACUUUCUGGGGUGUGUAUUUGCAUGUAUUUAGAUGGAUAUGCUUCAACAAUAACAACAGCUAAAAUAAAAUAAAUGAGGAUUAUUAAGACCAAAUUAUUCAAAUUAUACAAGUAAGUUGAACAUGCAUAACUUCCAUAUUAUAGUGAGUCAACUCAUUUCCACCACCAUUUUAAUUAUUAAUUUGCUCAUUAAUCUCAUUCGUUUUAAUUUUUGGUUUGGUAAUGAAUACGUCCUUUUAAUAAUGUGACCACAGCCAAAAGCAUGUAGAACCAAAUCAAUAGUUGGUCUUUUAUAGCGUAAUUUAUUUUAAUUAUGGAACAGCCUUCUGCUUUAAUUAAGAAUGAACCAGCAUUCUAUGGAGUAGCAUCAGUUCAAACGGAGUUACAUACAUAUAUCGUACGUACGUAUUUAUAUUAAUAUAUGUAGUUCAUCUCCACCCUGUUAUAAUAAUGAUUAUUAUUAUUAUCAAGAGUAUUAUUAUUGUUAUGUUUUUGUUGUUGUUGUUCUUCAGACCUCGAUUAAUGGUAACGAAUGAAUUGUGUAUGUAUUAAUUAAUGCAGUAUUCUUCUUUUCCACUACAACAUAUUUAAUACAAUACUUUUAGAGGAUUACCCAUUUUUUGGAAAAGUUUGCUUCACGAUGGGAUAUGCAAGUCUGGCUGGAGUGGUUUAUGCAAAUUAUUUAAUGUUGUUAUCAAUUUUGUUACUUGAAAAUAUAAUUAAAGUACAAUGUGAAGAAUAA